AGGAGCAGAGAAGGAGGCGAGACGGAGACGACGGGCAGAAGGAGUUGGUGUCUUAACGUGAUUUUUAUAUCACUGGAAGCCAUGAGUUCCUCGGUAAUGAACAAAGGAGGAGAUGGCAACGGUGCAAGUUUUGACCUCAUCCAAAACCGGAUUGAGUCACUCAGCGGCAAAAUGGACAAGCUCAUCAACAUUCAAGAAAAGGUCCUCAACCGAUUAGACGGCAUGUCUCAGGACAUUGACGUCAUUGAAAUGGAUAUGGAGAAUCUGAAGGUUGACAAGGAGGAGAUCCAUAUUCCACCCAAGAUGGUGAACCAGACCCAGUUCAUGGGGCAAGAGGUGAGGGAGAUAUGCCAAGAGAUGAGCACCAUAAUGUUGGUGGUGAACCAGCGGUCUGAGCAGCAGACUGAGAAGCUCGAAGGGAUGGAAAAGCUGGUCCUCAGCAUGCAGCAGGUGAUCAGCUUCAUUGGGGAGACGGUAAAGAGUUCCAGGGUUAUGGAGCUGAUUUUUAAUGGCGCUGCUGCUCGGAAGGGCUCCAAACCAAAAGACAGUAAAGGCAAGCAAGCCGUUAAGAGGAAAUCCUCUACGGACACAAUAAACAAGAAGCUUGACAAGACCUCUACCUCUAAUAAAGCCAGUAAAGGGAAUCAAAAGAUAACUCCUGCAUGUGAGCCCUCUUCUCCACUGACUUCCCACAAGAUAAAGCUCCAUGGACCAAAGCAUUACUUCACGUCUUGCAAAUGUGGAACAUUUUUAAAGGACCACAAAGCUAAAGAUGGGACAGAUAAGCCCUCAUUGAGCCCAAAGGGUCUGAAAGCUCAAAAGAAGAUGAAGCCUCCAGACACAGCAGAAAACAUCUCCUUGAAGAAGCAGGUGUUGCUUCUCGAAGAGGUGCAGAAACUCAACAGGGAGAAUGCAGAGAAAUCAGCUCACCAGCUCAUCCCUGGAAAUCUGGUUCUGGAGGCUGGAGUGUCCCCGAAAGAACAACAACCUGACGCCUCUGCUUGCAAAUCGGUGGACUACCUGCGUGAAGAUUCCCAAGCGGCCAUGGAUGAGAAACACAAGGUCGUUGAAGCGGUUAGUGAGGAAGGGGUCGGGGAAAAGGUGGAUGAGGAAGAAGCGGCGGUAACAGAGCUCGAUGUGGAGGAUGUCGUGAAAGAAAAGCUACCAGAGGAAAAGAAGGAAGAGGUUGCUCUUCCUGAAGAAGUAGCUGCCCAUGAGGAUGAAAACGAGCAGACUGCUACAAGCAGUGAGGACCACAAAGAUGCGCCAUCAUCUCCAGAAGCUGAGCAGGACCAGAUAUCAGAGGUCAGCAAGUUCUGCGUGACCGAGGAACUCUUUGUAGUGAAGGAACACACAAAGAGCCAGGUGGUGGUGGAGGAGGAGGAGGAGGAAGAGGAAGAGGAAGAGGAAGAGGAGGAGGAGGAAGAGAAGGCGGCAGACCACGAGCAGAAGGUUGCGUCUGAGGGCUGGGCCGUCUUCAGGGCAGAUGGAGUUCAGUUCCAGUUGAACCUGAAACAAAGGGUGGAGACAGAGAGAAAGGAGAAGGAUGCAGAGAAAGAUGCAGAAGAGGAGGAGGAUGACAAUACAGAGCGGUACUUUAUUGACACCUCUCCUCCUCCAGCGGCUCCUUUCAAUCACCGCAUUGUUUCUGCCAAGCCCAACCAGAUCAUCAACUUCUACACCAUCAACUGGCAGGAGGUCCUGGGCGGGGGGCGUUUUGGCCAGGUGCACAAAUGUGUUGAAAACUCCUCCGGUCUCACUUUGGCAGCGAAGGUCAUCAAAGCCAGGAGUCUGAAAGAAAAGGAGGUGGUGAAGAAUGAGAUCCAGGUCAUGAAUAAUCUGGACCAUGCCAGCCUGAUCCAGCUCUAUGCAGCUUAUGAGUCAAGGAAUGACAUCAUCCUUGUACUUGAAUAUGUUGGUGGAGGGGAGCUGUUUGACAGGAUCAUUGAUGAAAACGACACUUUGAUGGAGCUGGACGCUGUUCUCUUCAUCAGGCAGAUCUGUGAGGGCCUGCAGCACAUGCACAAAAUGUACAUCCUGCACUUAGAUUUAAAGCCAGAAAACAUUCUAUGUGUGAGCAGAGUCACAAACAAGAUAAAAAUCAUCGAUUUCGGUCUUGCUAGGAUAUAUAAACCGCGAGAGAAGCUGCAAGUGAACUUUGGCACUCCAGAGUUUCUCGCUCCGGAAGUCAUCAACUACGACUUUGUUUCGUUCAACACAGACAUGUGGAGCCUUGGCGUCAUCACCUACAUGCUUCUGAGCGGUCUCUGUCCCUUCCUCGGCGACGAUGACAACGAGACUCUGAACAACAUCUUGGCCUGUAAGUGGAACUUUGAGGAAAACGAGUUUGUGGAUACGUCUGAGGAAGCCAAAGACUUCAUCUCCAGACUCCUCAUUGUGAAUAAAAGCUGGAGGAUAGGCGCAUCUGAGGCCUUGAGACAUCCUUGGCUGUCUAACCCAGUUCUUCAUCAUAGCCUUCAUACCAAGAAAACUAUGUGCAGAUCACGGCGUUCAUCUUGUGUGCCCACGACUGAUAGUUGAGGGCUACAACGAUGUGAUGGCUUCAGUCGUGGCCACUUGGACCAACCUUCCUGUCCACGUAAAUUACCUUAAUUUUCAGUCCAUGGGCUGUAAUUCUGGCGACCCCACAAACCCUGUUCUGACAUGUUAUCCGCUGUUGUGUUAAUGUCAGCAAUAUACAAAAACAAUAUAGAGACAAAAGCAGUUUUGUUUAAUUGGGAUUAAACGUGGAUAGUCCCACCAUGCAUUAGACUGCAAGUAAGUAAAAAUAACAACAUUUUAUAAAAUAUUUUGUGUUAUUAUCAAUGUCAACUCAACUGCUUAGGUUGUUUAUGUUUGUUGUUUUUUCCAUCACUUCAUAUGUGGCAUUUCAAAAGAGUGCCAAUGUCACAGUCGGACCUACUGUUAUUAGACAUGUAGUAUUAUCAUAUAAGAGCUUGGUUGUGUGUCGCACCUUUGUCUUGAAAGUUGAGGUGCACAUUGUACUAUCUACUUAAAAAAAAAAAAAUCCACUCGUAUACGUAUCUCAAACCAAAUGCACUGUGCUGUUAUUGUUCAUUGCUUUUGUUUGAAGGCUACAGCAUGAUUUGAAUUACGUGACUGUAAAUGUGUUGCAUUUAUCCCCAUGUUGUUAUCCAAUAUUAUCCAGUAUUAUUAUCGGGCUGUAAAUAAAUGCUGAACUGUAGAUUUCAUAUUAAAUAUUUUCACAUAUCUUAGGGGAUGGACAUAUCUUAUGGGAUGGACUUUCUGGAUGUGUAUUGUACGUAUGGACAGAAUGGAAUUUGUGCGGUUGAUAUCAUGAGCUGUAGUAUGUGCACUUUAUAAUGUUAUUUAUUUAAACAUAGAUUAUACAUUAAGCUACCGUAGUUCCUUAGAAAAGGCUUGUGUGGUCAGAUAUUUUCUUCCUACUUCUGUUUCAUCCUGCUUUGUCAAGGUGUUUAUAAAGAAAAUAUAUUUUGACUUCAUAAUAAACCAAAACAGUCAAGGUCUUAUCAGCCAAGUGUAUACUUUUAGAUCUUAAUUGCAUGUGUCUAUGGGUUUUAUCAGCCAUUAAAGUUUCAAUUAGACACACAGAAAUAUCUUUUUUUAACAUUUUUUUCACUCUAGCUGCAUAUUCUGUAGAUGCUUUUUCCACAAAACAAAGUUAUCAUGCCUUCUGUGAAGGUUCAUUAACUGAAAGUAAAACACUAACUACCUAAUGUUGCCUAAGUUGAUGAAAUGUUAGAACUACAUUCAUGUGGUUUUAAUUGAACUGGAUUGUGAAUGUUACUUUAAUUGUUGUUGAACACAGAGUGCUAGUGAAAGAAGUUGUCCUUACCGAGUGUUAACAAUUUCAAAUUCAGCAUGUAUUUUGUGAAGUGUGUGUACACAUCCAUUAAACUGAAAUAAUUACCUAAA